CUUUCAUUUAGUCUGAAGCACACACAGUUUUACCUCUGAGGAUCGACUCUUGAGUUUGAAAAGAUGAGCAAAAACACCCCAAAAACACUCGGAUCAACAACCAUCAUUACACCAACUUUCAGCUUUGGCACAUCUGCACCUCCACCUGCACCUCCACCUGCAGCUUCAUUUACUCUCAACCCUCUUGAGCCCCUGAGCUUAUCACAGCUCUUAAGAGACACCCACACUCCAGUGAAGGACGGGUCAAAUGCAAAGAAGCAAGACGUUGCGUCAGAGGCAGAAGGCGGCGGCUCCACUGGCUCUAAAACAGGCCCAAAAACACUCGGAUCAACAACCAUCAUUACACCAACUUUCAGCUUUGGCACAUCUGCACCUCCACCUGCACCUCCACCUGCAGCUUCAUUUACUCUCCACCCUCCUGAGCCCCUGAGCUUCUCACAGCUCUUAAGAGACACCCACACUCCAGUGAAGGACGGGUCAAAUGCAAAGAAGCAAGACGGGGGGAGCACUGCCUGGAGGACAGUGGACUGGACCCACACAGAGAGGAGCGCCCUGGUGCAAAGGCUGUCCUCUUACGCCCCCUGCUGUCGGGACGUGGGACGGGCGCGUGUCCUCCUUCUGGGACCAGUGGGCUCGGGCAAGUCCAGCUUCAUCAGCUCAGUGGACUCUGUGUUUGAGGGAAGAGUCACCAACAGAGCCAUGGUGGGACAGGGCCAGAGCAGCUUUACACAGAAGUUGCAGUCCUUCCCUCUCUGUCCCUCUAAAAGGACCUGUGCUCUGGAGCUGUGGGACUCCAUGGGCUUUGGAGACUGCAGUGGACCCAAUCUGCAGCAGCUGCUCAGUGUGGUCAAAGGACACGCCCCCGAAGGAUACGAGUUCCGGGCGGAGCAGGCGCUGAGCUCAGACACAGAGGGCUACAUAAAGCGUCCGGGCCUGAGGGAGCAGAUGCACUGUGUGGCUUUUGUCCUGGACGCCUCCAAAGUCCUCACCAGCUCCUACUCCAAAGGCACCGGCGUCUUCCUCCGGCAGCUGCGGCGCCACGUCUCCGACCUGGGAGUUCACCAAGUCGUCCUCCUCACUCAUGUAGAUCAAAUCUGCAACAAAACUCAGAAAGACACUUCAGAGGUUUACACGAGCUCCGUUAUUCGACAAAUGAUGUACAAGGCGGCAGAGCUGGUGGGCAUGUCCCCGUCCUCCGUGGUGCCAGUGAGGAACUACUGGUGUGAGCUAGAGCUGGACCUGAGCUCAGACAUACUGCUGCUGCGAGCACUGGAGCUACUGCUGCAGUACACAGACCUGUACUACAGGGAGCAGCAGAGAGCCACCUCCAAACACGACCUCUGAGCUGCAGUACACAGACCUGUACUACAGGGAGCAGCAGAGAGCCACCUCCAAACACGACCUCUGACCCUGGAGCAGAGAUAAACAUGUGUCUUAUGUGACUCUGGUCUGAAUAAAAAGCAUCAGCUUCAGAUGUAUGACUGAAAAACUGUUUCUUCCUCGUGUCUUUUCUCGUGGGUUAAACUGU